AUGUAUCGCAACGCCUUGAGAACAUGCGCGACACGAUGCGCCGCAAAGCGUACCUUGCCCGCCGCGAGAACCUUCGCUUCCGCCUCCGAUGGCCCGGUCUUCAACUGGGAGGAUCCCUUGAACGCAAAGAACCUCCUGACUGAGGAGGAGGUCGCCAUUUCUGAGACGGCUGAGCGAUACUGCCAGGAGCGCAUGCUGCCGCGUGUCCUUCAGGCCUACCGCGACGAGCAAUAUGACCAAAAGAUCCUUGAGGAGAUGGGCGAACUGGGGCUCCUCGGAGCAACAAUUGAGGGCUAUGGAUGCGCCGGUGUCUCUACUGUUGCCGGAGGACUCAUCACAAAGGCCGUUGAGAGAGUCGACAGUGGCUACCGUUCCGGCAUGUCCGUCCAGUCGUCGCUGGUCAUGGGUGGCAUCGCGGAGUUCGGUACCGAGGAGCAAAAGGAGAGAUUCCUGCCAAAGAUGGCCACAGGAAAGAUGCUCGGCGCGUUUGGUUUGACAGAGCCCAACCACGGCAGCGACCCCGGCUCCAUGGAGACGACGGCCAAGCCUCACCCGACCAAGGAGGGCUACUACUCUCUUUCUGGUGCCAAGACGUGGAUCACAAACUCGCCCAUUGCCGAUGUGUUGAUGGUCUGGGCGAAGCUACAAGAAACGGGCAAGAUCAGAGGGUUCCUAGUUGAACGGUCCCAGUGUCCGCCCGGUACUCUCGAGACACCAGCUAUCAAGAACAAGAAUGGCCUGCGAGCCUCCAUCACAGGCAUGAUCCAGCUCGACGACGUCCCCGUCCCUAAGGAAAACAUGUUCCCCUCGGUCGAAGGACUGCGAGGCCCAUUCUCGUGCCUCAACAGCGCGAGAUACGGUAUCUCCCUGGGCGUCAUUGGUGCCCUUGAGGACUGCAUUGCCCGCGCCAGGACGUACUCACUCGAGCGAAAGCAGUUUAAGGGUAACCCCAUCGCUAAGUACCAACUCGUACAGAAGAAGCUGGCAGACGCUGCGACGGACGCGGCCUACGGUACCGUGGCCGCGAUCCAGGUCGGCAGACUCAAGGACGAGGGCAAGGCGACGCCCGAGAUGAUCAGCAUGGUCAAGCGCCAGAACUGCGAUCGGGCGCUGCAGAAUGCGCGCGUGCUGCAAGAGAUCUUUGGUGGUAAUGCUGUCAGUGACGAGUAUGGCAUUGGCCGUCACGUCGCCAACCUUUUCGUGACGCAGACGUACGAGGGACAGAGUGACAUUCACAGUCUCAUCUUGGGUCGCGCCAUCACUGGUAUCCAAGCCUUCGUGUAA